AUGUUCACCAAGGUGGUAAAAGCUCAGCUAUGGGUAUAUCUGCGACCUUUGCAGCACACCUCCACCGUCUACCUUCAAAUUCUACGUCUCAAGCCUGUAACGGAUGAAGGCAGCAAGCACAUUCGAAUUAGAUCUCUGAAGAUUGAUUUGCACUCACGCACGGGCCAUUGGCAAAGCAUCGAUUUCAAGCAUGUACUGCAGAAUUGGUUCAAACAACCACACAACAAUUGGGGUAUUGAAAUCAAUGCCUUUGACCCAAAUGGAAAUGACCUUGCUGUCACCUCUUUUGGUCCUGGAGCAGAAGGGCUGCACCCAUUUAUAGAGCUGCGUGUGAUGGAGAACAACAAGCGAUCGAGGAGAAACCUAGGUCUUGACUGUGAUGAACACUCCACUGAGUCACGCUGCUGUCGAUAUCCACUAACUGUGGACUUUGAGGCCUUUGGAUGGGACUGGAUUAUUGCUCCAAAACGAUACAAAGCUAACUACUGUUCUGGCCAAUGCGAGUACAUGUUCAUGCAAAAAUAUCCCCACACUCAUCUUGUUCAACAAGCAAAUCCACGGGGAUCUGCUGGCCCGUGCUGUACCCCAACCAAAAUGUCACCCAUUAACAUGCUGUAUUUUAAUGACAAGCAAAAAAUUAUUUUAUGGCAAGAUACCUGGAAUGGUUGUAGACCGCUGUGGGUGCUCCUAAGACUUUGGUUCUUUUUCUUCUACCUACUUAUCUUCAACUUCUUUCUUUCUUUCAAGGGUACAAGCAGACCAAAUUUUGGUAUUGGGGAUAGUGCAGUACUUGUACUAUCACUCCUUUUUCAAACCCUAGUUAAGAAGCUAGAGAUAUGA